GGCCGACCAUCUCUUCUUCCUGUGAUUGGGCAUCCUGGUUCUUCAAUUUCUGUGUGGAAAUUGGACCCUAACUCUCUCAGUUUCCCUCUGAAAGGACUACUGCCAUAUGACAAAGUAUGCCUCGCAGUGUUACUGAUCACAUUAAAGUUUAGUUUUUUGUAAGAGUUCAUCCAAAACCAAACUUUCAAAUGAAGACAUUUUUUUACUGUUACUUCUGUCUCUGCCAAAAUGUACAAGCAACAGCUGCAAAUACAUGUCUGUGUUCACAGGCUACCCCAAAAAUAUAUGGUGGUCUCUCACUAAACACAAUCCUGAGCAGUAGUAUGGAAACCUCUGUAAAUUUUGCAGACACUUUGGUGUCGCGUUUAAGGAGUUUCAAUUGUAUUAAUAAUUAUCUGUUCAAUUAUUCAAAUAUGGCAUUGGGUGAGGGCUCAGGAAUUAUGCUUCACUGUCAUUGAAUUUUAUAAUGCAGGGAUGUCACUAAGAUUUGAAGUUGCCACAUAAAUACAACAAGUAGGCAGGGAAUAAAACAGUGAGGGAUUUCUUUUGGUUCAAUUGUUCUUAUAUUUUCCUAUGAAAGUAGCCAGGGGCCACAUUCAUAGUAGCCGGGAGACUUCCCUGGCCCCCGCCUCUUAUUGACAGCCCCGAUAAUGGUCACAUAUAAGAUCUGGAGAUCCCAUGCAGCUGUACAUGUAAGAAGGUUCUUGACUAUAAUGAUUUGACUUUAACAAUAAUUAUUGUUAUUUGUAUGAGUACAUGGUGACCUAGUUUUUUCCUGAUUGAGCAGGAUCUUGUGGAACCUCAGACUAAACUGUUGCAGUAUGUGAUUGCUCAGCCCUAUUCCCGUGAUGUGAUCUGUACCAUGUUGGGACUUAAUAAGCAGGUUUGGUUUUUUGAAUCAUUAUCUUCAAUCUAUGAAGUGGAAAAAAAAACUUUUUUAUCCCGUGGGAAGCUUAAUCAAACACUGUGAAUAGUAUUUUGGUUUAAAAGAGUUAACUUCACCUGAUUUUCAAUAAACUAACAUCUUGAGUGAACACUUUUUUUGUGUUUAAUCUACUUUUGCUGCAAAAGUAAGGUACUUUGCAGUUAAGUGCCUAUCACUGACCAGAAAAUUAUAUUGUCUUUUUCUUCCCAGCAAAAGCAGCGAUGUCCAGCCAUAGAGGAACUCUUGGUUGACUUGAUAGUUCUAGCAAUGGAAAGAUCAGAAGAGAAUGAAGCCAGCAUGAUGGAAACUGGAUGCCAGCUGUGGCAUCACUUGUCAAGCCACCUAAUUUUCUUCGUGCUUUUCCAGUUUGCCAGCUUUCCACACAUGGUCAUGUCCCUUUAUACAAAG